AUGCAAAAGCUAUUUAUUGAUCAUAGUAAAACUGCGAUUACUUUACCCAGCAUGUAUCCAGACCAACAGUUAUCGAAACAAUGGAUAGACUUAUUAAUUGAAUCUCAGAAUAAUUCAUUAUUACUUGAGUAUAUUGAUCGUGUUAAUAAUGAACUUGUCACAUCGAUGACUGAUGAAAUCGAAGUUUUCUAUAAAUAUGUUUUCCAUUACAUACAUAAAAUUAUUCAACCAUUAGAUUAUUUUACUAAUAAAUUGUCUGUUUAUAUUUCAGUGUUAUCUAAUUUAUCACCAUGGGCGAUACUUGUUCAAAUGAUAUUUUUCAAUCAACCUAAUUCAAUGAGUGAACAUACUAUUCAAACAACAUCUGAAACUGUAUGGCAGGUAAGAUAA